UGAAAAUCCCAAACAGAACAAAGUAUCCUUUUUAUUUUCUAUACAUAUAUCACUUGUGUUUUUAUAUAGUGGCAGAAUCUACACUUUAACAUUUUAUAUAAUAGGAAUGCAUAAACUCUGUCUUUUGAAGACACAGGAGAGUUUGAAACAAAAUGGUAAAAGGAAUUGAACACAAGGGGGAGAAAUGCCCAAAGCAACAUAAAAAAGAAUCUAUAGGAUUGUUAGUUUUCUCCGAUUAGGAGGACAAGGGAAAAGAAGUCUAACAUGGCCCCAGUAUUCAAAGUUACCGAUCCUUGAGAUGAUGAACAGCUGACAAAAUUAGGUAAGAUAGUGAGGGGUGCUCUGUUUGGGGGGUAAAAGAUGAUUUUUUUUCCUCCCAAGUCUGCUGCUCCUUAGCUUUCCUCAAGGACUUUUUCAGGAGCUUUUAAAUUUGUAUUAAUGACUUCCAAAAGUAAAAUGUUAAAAAUCCCCAUUCCUAAGUGGCAAAUAGUUUGUAGAUGCUUAAUUUUCAUGUCCUUUUUUUUUUUUAACAUCAAAUUCCAGUAAUUUAUAAACUGUGUCUCCAGAAAGCAUCCCAAGGAAAGAACAUUGGAAUGGGAGUUAGGGGGUCAGGAUCUUAAUCACAGUUCAGCCGCUAAUCCAUGUGGCAAUGGGGUUGGGUAUAUGGAUCUCAGAUUCCUUAAAUACUGCAUGUGGGAAUACUACAUGAUCUUUAAGUUUCCUCUCAGCGCUAAAGUUACAAAUCUCCUUAAACAACGGUAAAACAUAUCCGUGUCAAUUCAACUUAUCCUACAGUUGAGUUGCAGCCAAGCAUUCGCCAGGUGAGUCAUACGGUCGUUUCUCCCCAGUUCUCAAACCAAGGAAAGAACCCUACCUACAUGCUUGUGACGGGCUUACGGUUGAUAGGAUUUUAAGGACAACAGUACAGGCAAGCUCCUAGGCCAGAAGGUCAGUAUGAACUGGAAAUUUCCAAAACAGGAACACCAAAUGGUGCUAAUUUCUACAGCCCCCGUCAGAACAAACAAAAGGCAAGGGCUGCAAUGGCGCGUGAACGUCGCACCUGCUUCUCGCGGGUUACGCUUUCCCACAUCCUUUUAUGCAUUUUCAAGCGUGAAGCUCUUUUCUUGCUUAAGCGGAAGUGGGUCUUCUACUUCCCAGAUUCGCUUGGACUGCGGGUGAGAGAUAAGACCUUAGGUAACGGUAACGCUCCCGCUAGGGGCGCCCAGGCAGUGGUGACGGCAGUCCGCAGGUCGACCGCAGUGGCGCGCCCGGGGCACGCUGGGAACGGGGGAGGGUGGUGCCGCGGCCCGGCCUGACCCGGAAGGGCUGGCCUGUGGUAACCCCGGCUUCCCUAGCAACCGAGCGGGCGCGCGUCCUCCCCAGCCUCUCCGGACGCCUCCCGGGAUGCCCCUGCAGGUUAGCGACUACAGCUGGGAGCAGACGAGGACUGCGGUCUUCAUCUCUGUGCCCCUCAGAGGCGUCAGCGUCAGGGACGCGGACGUGUUCUGCACGGAAAACUAUCUGAAGGUGAACUGUCCUCCAUUUUUAUUUGAGGUGUUUCUCUAUGCUCCCAUAGACGAUGAGAGCAGCAAAGCCAAGAUUGGAAAUGACACUAUUGUUUUCACUUUACACAAAAAAGAAGCGGCCAUGUGGGAGACCCUUUCUCUGUCAAGUGUUGACAAAGAGAUGAUGCAAAGAAUAAGGGAGAAAUCUAUCCUACAAGCACAAGAAAGUGCAAAAGAAGCUAUGGAAGCAAAAGCUUCGGCAAGGCGGGAAGAUCAAAAAUAUACACUAAAUGUCAUGAUGAAGAUUGAAGAAGAAGAGAGGAAAAGAAUAGAAGAUAUGAAAGAAAAUGAACGGAUAAAAGCAACUAAAGAAUUGGAAACCUGGAAAGAACAUCAAAGAAAAGCCGAAGAACAUAAAAUAAUUCAGAGAGAAGAAAAAUUAUAUCAACAAGAAAAGCAAAUUGAGGAAGAGAGAAAAAAAUUAAAACAUAAAGGUCUUACUAGGAAUUCAGUAUCUAGAAAUCUUGCCACAAAAGGGAGAAAUUCAGAAAUUAUAUUUUUUGAGAAGUUAAAGGAAGACAGUAUUCCUGCUCCUCGCUCUGUCGGCAAUAUUAAAAUCAACUUUACCCCUCGAGUAUUCCCAACUGCUCUCCGGGAAUCACAGGUAGCAGCAGAAGAGGAGUGGCUACAUAAACAAGCAGAGGCACGAAGAGCAGUGAAUACUGACAUUCCUGAACUUUGUGAUUUAAAAGAAGAGGAAAAGAACCCAGAAUGGUUGAAGGACAAAGGAAACAAAUUGUUUGCAACAGAAAACUAUUUGGCAGCUAUUAAUGCGUACAACUUAGCCAUAAGACUAAAUAGUAAGAUUCCACUACUGUAUUUGAAUCGGGCUGCUUGCCAUCUAAAACUGAAAAACUUACACAAGGCCAUAGAAGAUUCUUCUAAGGCACUAGAAUUAUUGACACCACCUGUUGCAGACAAUGCUAAUGCAAGAAUGAAGGCACACGUACGACGUGGAACAGCAUUCUGUCAACUAGAAUUGUAUGUAGAAGGCCUACAGGAUUAUGAAGCUGCCCUUAAGAUUGAUCCAUCCAACAAAAUUGUACAAAAUGAUGCUGAGAAGAUUCGGAAUAUAAUUCAAGGAACACAACUAAAAUCUUAAUGACUACUAGAAGCAACUAGGCAUUGUACUAGGUAUUGUUCUAAGUUUUACAAAAAUAACUGGAGGCAUUAGGAAUCUGUGCAUAUUAUGGCUGAUUAUACAGAAUCACUUUCUCUUUAGUUCUGUACAGGGCAGAAUAUUAUAAAUCUGUAGAAAAUGAAAUGUUUGAUUUCAGUGGUUUUUGAAUAAGUAAGUCAAAGUAAGAAUAAUCUAUUUUAAUUAUUUGUUUCAUAUUACAACAUAAUUGUAUUUUUUUGUUACUGAAUUCAGCUUGCCCUUAUAACUAACAAAAUAUUUGUUGGUGUGAU